AAUUCCAAUCUUUAUCUAUAGGCGCUGACCCUAUCCAACCAGGCCAGGAAGCAGUACACCAUUGGAGAAACAGUGAACCUGAUGUCUGUGGAUGCCCAGAAGCUCAUGGAUGUGACUAGCUACUUUCAUCUGCUGUGGUCAGAUGUUCUGCAGAUUACUUUAUCUAUCUACUUCCUAUGGGCAGAGCUGGGACCCUCCAUCUUGGCAGGUGUUGGGGUGAUGGUACUCCUAAUUCCAGUUAAUGCGAUACUUGCUGCCAAGAGUAGAGCUAUUCAGGUAAAAAAUAUGAAGAACAAAGACAAACGGUUAAAGAUCAUGAAUGAAAUUCUCAGUGGGAUAAAGAUCCUGAAAUAUUUUGCUUGGGAACCUUCAUUCAAGAACCAAGUUCACGAACUUCGGAAGAAAGAACUCAAGAACCUGCUGACUUUUGGGCAGAUGCAGUCUGUAAUCGUGUUUCUCUUAUACUUAACUCCAGUCCUGGUGUCUGUGAUCACAUUUUCAGUUUACGCUCUGGUGGAUAGCAAUAAUGUUUUGGAUGCAGAAAAGGCCUUCACCUCCAUCACCCUCUUCAAUAUCCUGCGCUUUCCCCUGAGCAUGUUUCCCAUGGUAAUCUCCUCCAUUCUCCAGGCCAGCGUUUCCAGAGACCGGCUAGAACAGUACCUGGGAGGGGAUGACUUGGACCCCUCCGCCAUUUGCCGCCUUGACUGCAAUUUUGACAAAGCAGUGCAGUUCUCAGAGGCCUCCUUUACUUGGGACCAGGACUCAGAAGCCACCAUCCGAGAUGUGAACCUGGACAUUAUGCCAGGCCAAUUGGUGGCUGUGGUAGGCACUGUGGGCUCUGGGAAGUCCUCCUUGAUGUCAGCCAUGCUGGGAGAAAUGGAAAAUGUCCAUGGGCACAUCACCAUCAAGGGCACCAUAGCCUAUGUCCCCCAGCAAUCCUGGAUCCAGAACGGCACCAUAAGGGACAACAUCCUUUUUGGAUCAGAGCUGGAUGAAAAGAGAUACCAGCAGAUUCUGGAAGCCUGUGCCCUCCUCCAAGACUUGGAAGUGCUGCCUGGAGGAGACCUGGCUGAGAUUGGAGAGAAGGGUAUAAAUCUCAGUGGGGGUCAGAAGCAACGGAUUAGCCUGGCCAGAGCUAUCUAUCAGAAUUCAGACAUCUAUGUUCUGGAUGACCCCCUGUCAGCCGUGGAUGCUCAUGUGGGAAAACAUAUUUUCAAUAAGAUCUUAGGUCCCAAGGGCCUAUUGAAAGGCAAGACUCGACUCUUGGUGACGCAUAGCAUUCACUUUCUUCCCCAAGUGGAUGAGAUCGUGGUUCUGGGGAAUGGCACCAUCUUGGAGAAGGGAUCCUACAGCACUCUGCUGGCCAAGAAAGGAUCGUUUGCUAAGAUUCUGAAGACAUUCACAAAACAGACUGGUCCUGUGGAAGAGGCCACAGGUAUGUAAGGAAGAUUGGAACAAAAUAAAGCUUGGGUAUGGAAAGGGUAGGAGUGAUAAACUGCUAUUUACUUCCUGAACUAUUAAGUAUCCAGUAGAUUAGAUUUGGAAGUGAAUUAUCCAGAGAUCCAAAAUCUGUUCUUUCUGUAUUAUGUCUCUGUAAAGAAACAGACAUAGAAACUCUGUGCCUGAGCCAAACUGGGGGCUCAUCUUGCUCAUAUGGUCUCUGACAUGCAGUUGAUGGACACUAGAAGGGCAUGACUAAAGAUUUAGGGUGAUUAGCCCUUGUGGAAAAAACACUAGUGGCAUCAGGGGCCCCUUUUUAGGGGUGCUGUGCUUCUAUUGAUUCAAAUGACACAUCCCACCCCACCUACCCUGAAUCCACUAAAACCACUUCCUGGACAGCUUUAUAGGCUGGUACUGAUAGGGUACUGCAAAAUUCUUGAUAAGCCCUAACAAAGGCAUCUUGACCAAUAUACCAAAAACCACUGGGUGUUUCAAAUCAGGGAAGAUCAUGGCAGUUGCAUGGUCUCACAGUAUACCACAGGAACAGACCCUAAUACCACCACCACUGGCGUCAUCAAUUAGUUCUAGUCAGCAAUGGCCCUGAUCCCUGAGGACCUUCCCAAGAAUCUGCCAACAGCAGUCCUGUACAUAGUUCUAGGUAUCUGCUUCGGGUAGCAGUCACCAGCCCGAGAUCAAGCCUGAGAAAGCAAGAUCUGGAGGGUGCAUCCCAAAAGUCAGUUGGGAGAAGGAGUAGCUACAGAGCCUGCAAGUGGGGACUCAUGCAGGUGUUGAAGUCAGGAAAUGUGUUCAAAACCACCCUGGGGAGCACAGGAGAUGGAAAGAGAAGUCUAAACCAGGAAGUCUGUAAGUGUUGGGGAUACGGCAGGAGCAAAGAACAGGAUGCUAUGGGUGACUGGCAGCCAUCCCAGGAAACGGGGGCAGGAGCACCAUGAACCAGCAGAAAGAAAGAGGCCAGAAUUUUCCAUCAGCCCUUAUGUACUCUAGGCACUGGCCUGGAGAAAACUAAAAAACACCUGCUUGGGGACCAAAUGUCCAAGCCAAAGGGCAGUGUCUGAUGCCUAAUUCCCCUGAGUCAUUGCUCAGUCAACCACAUCACCAAGACCUGCUCCAACAGUUUCCUUGUGCUAAGUCUAGCCUUCCCCCCACCCCCACCCCUGCCGCCUUUGGCCAUGAUCUGAAUUUCUGGAUUCUGUUAUAAACCCCCAUGGGUGGGUGUCUCCUUUGAAGAAUCCUGUCCUUUAUGUACAAAGGUCAGUUUGCAAAACAGCUCAUCCAGCCUUUGUUCUGGUAAACACUGAUUAUCUAUUUCUGAGCAAUGCCUGGCAUGCUGCUGUUGUUGGUUCUGGGACUCAAGGUAUAGGCCAUGACAUGGCAGAAUGAAGGGAAGGACAGGAGGGCAAGGUGACCUGUAUCAAUACUGGUUUGCCGUAUUAGUUUCUUAAUUAGCUGCCAUAGCAAAGCACUACAAACUGAGUGGCUUAAACAAUAGACAUUUAUUUUCUCACCGUUCUGGACGCUAGAAGUCCAAAAUCACGGUGUUGGCAGGAUUCGUUCUUUCUGAAGGUAAUGGGGAAGGACAUGUUCCAGGCUUCUCUCCUAGAUUCUGGGGCUUUGUUGGCAAUCUUUGGCAUUUUUGGCUUGUAGACACAUCACAUUGUUCUCUGCCUUCACCUUCAUGUGGUUUGCAUGUGUGCAUCUACAUCCAAAUUUCCCCUUUGUAUAAGGACAUCAGACAUAAUGCAUUAGGGGCCCAUCCUACUCCAGUCUGACCUCCUCUUAACUAAUUACAUCUACAAUGAGGCUAUUUCCAAAUAAGGUCACAUUCU